UCAACUGUUCCUCUCGUAUUCUUGCGUCGCAAGUCACAAGUUGUUCUUAUUCGGUUUCAGUUCCCCUCGCCGAUCUAGGGUUAGUCUUCUUCCUGAAUUGAGUAUAAUGAAGCUCGACUUCAGCGGCCUCGAAUCGCAUCGUUUGGUUCGCGGAAGCGCCAUUGACGAUCUUGGCGAGGACAUCUCAGCGCCCCCUUCUUUCCAACUCCCGGCCUGUUCUGAUGAUUUUGAUGGAUUCCAGAAGGACGCGGUCCAGAUGGUGAAGCCCGCGAAAGGCACUACUACGCUCGCUUUCAUCUUUAAGGAGGGCGUUAUUGUUGCUGCUGAUUCGAGAGCCAGCAUGGGAGGAUACAUCUCUUCACAGAGUGUCAAGAAGAUCAUUGAGAUAAAUCCAUAUAUGCUUGGUACAAUGGCUGGAGGUGCUGCAGAUUGUCAAUUCUGGCAUAGGAACUUGGGCAUCAAGUGUCGCCUUCAUGAGCUGGCAAACAAGAGAAGAAUCUCAGUCACAGGAGCCUCAAAGCUGUUAUCUAAUAUACUUUACUCUUAUCGAGGAAUGGGACUUUCAGUAGGAACCAUGAUUGCUGGAUGGGAUGAAAAGGGGCCUGGGUUGUACUAUGUUGACAGUGAAGGUGGAAGGCUCAAGGGAACACGCUUCUCAGUUGGGUCAGGAAGUCCAUAUGCUUACGGUGUUCUUGAUAAUGGAUAUCGAUUUGACAUGGCAGUCGAGGAAGCUGCAGAACUGGCACGCCGAGCCAUUUAUCAUGCAACUUUCCGCGAUGGAGCUAGUGGUGGAGUAGCUAGCGUUUAUUACGUUGGCCCUGACGGAUGGAAGAAGAUGUCUGGUGAUGAUGUCGGCGAGCUUCAUUACAAGUACUAUCCUGUGGUGCCGACCCCAAUUGAACAAGAGAUGGUUGAUGCUCCUGCAGCCUGAUUCACUCUUCUUCUCUGAACCCACCUAAUCUGAACAUGUCGAAAGCAUGUAAGACUUAACGAUAGAUUUGAUGCUGUGAUGGUGAUAUCUGCUUUAUAAUUGUUUUUCGUCGGACA